AAUGAAAGGGAAAUCACACAAAAGUGUUGUGAAAAGUGAGCAUUGGUAUGAGGAUACAACAUUACCAAUUGAAUUUAAUGAUAAAGAUGAAGAACCUAUUGAACACAGUAAUUCUAUAACACUAAAUGACUUUUUAAAAGUGAACCCAAAGAAAAAAUGUGUUAAAGGAAGGAGAGGAAAAUUAUGGAAAGAUUUUUCAUUAACUAAAUUAGAUAAACAGGAUGAGGAAGAGAUCAUUGAUUUGGAGAAAGAGUCUAAAACAUAUUUUCAACCUUCCAAAUGUGAUUCCAAUGAAAAUCAGGAUAUAAAUUUUCAAUUUUCAAUUCCACCAUCUUCAUCCGGGAAUCUAUCAUCUCUUUUAUUGGAUUGUUUAGAAGAGAAUAUUGAUAUUAUAGCUUCAAAAUCAAAUCCUGUUUGGUAUUUGCUUGAUUUUUCACACAUUCUAUUUGAAAAGAGUAAAGAAUCAGGAAUUGAGAGAAAUCUACCAAAACAUCUAAGAUUUCUAUUUUUAACAACUUUUGAAAAUGAAACCAAUGGCAAUAUUUCAAUGAAAAUGAAACUAUUCACAAACUGUCAUGUAAAUGAUGGUUUGUCAAGGUUUGAAAAGUUUACAAACAAUAUAAAAGAAGCUUUGAUUGUAGUUGUAAAUUAUAUUUUUCAAUGGUUGAAAACUGGUAAAACAUUUGAAAAUAAAAAAUUAAGAAACAUAUCAAAGAAUUCUAGGGAAAGAGAAAGAGAAUUGUUGGCAAACUGUUACGAAGAUAUUAUGAAUUUUCAAAAAUCUCACUAUGUUGAUGACAUUCAUUUAUUAUAUUUAAGAAAAUUAUGGAAAGAAGAGAGGAAAGAAAUGAUAGAACCAGAAAAUGCACUAAUCAAAGUUUACAAUUGGCAAAUUGACUGUUCAAUUUGUUUUGAACAAUUUGACAUUUCAAAGGGAUUUUCAUUAACAUGUUCUCAUUGGUUCUGUUGUGACUGUUGGAAAAAAUAUUUAUCAGCGUUUAAUCAUCAUUUUACAAAUUGUCCAACGGAAGGAUGCAACAUUAGAGUUUCCUUGACUAUAUAUCUAGUUUGUCUGGAUUUUAAAAUGUUCAUUAACUCGGAAAGUAGAUUAAUGGAACAAAAAAUGCAAAAUGAUUCUUGGAUGUAUUGUCGUAAUUUGAAAUGUAAAAGAGUUUUAUCUGUAAGAAAAGGAUACGAAUCUAUGAUACUAUGCCAAUGUUCUGAUAGCUGGUGCCACAACUGCAAUAAACAAUCCCACUGGCCUUCAACUUGUGAACAAUACCAAUAUUACUCUAGUAUGAAGUCAUCAAUUGAAGAAAUUAGGGCUGGUGACAAACUUGUUGAAAAUGAGUUUGCCAUUGGCAUAAAAAUUGAUGAUCUGACAGAAAAGUCUCAAGUUUCCAGUAUAACAAAAAAUGUAUCAUACAUUUCUAAGAUGGCAGAGAAACUGCUGGAUGAAUGGGAAGAAUCCUUCACUGGAAGAAUGAGUAUCAGAAACCAGAAGAAGAACAAGAAAUAUCUAACAAUGGUAGGGAAUGAUUACUCACCUCAAGUUGACAACCCACAAGGAAUGGGUUUGAGCGAUGAAAUAAGGAAGGUAGAUGUUGAUGCAGAUAUCAGAAACAUAUAA